CGCCUGUUGACAACUGUGACGCACCUUAUACAUAUUCAUGAGCUGGCAGGCAGUUUGCGGGACGGCGAGAAACUUCAAACAGAUCGGCGGUCGCACUGCUGCCGGAGUGGAUCGGUCUCGCUGGCUUGUGUUCGUACCCACAUCACCACCUAGCAAUGUUACACCGCUGAAGUUAACUGUCCUGUCCUAAUAGUCAGUGUUGUAUAUAGGAUCGAGAUGGCGGAGAGAUACCACCGAGCUGCCAGAGACGGCAAUUUGGACAUUUUACGGGAGGCUUCACGAAAAGAUUGUAACAAACUUGACGAAGAUGGCAUGACACCGACGGCAUGGGCCGCCCAUGACGGCAACUUACAGGCGCUGAGAAUGAUCAUCGGCCGCGGAGGUAAUCCUGACGUCUGUGAUUACCUGGGGAACACAGCGCUCCACCAUGCUGCCCGUCAUGGUCACUUGAACUGUGUGUCCUACCUGGUCUCGUUUGGGGCCAACAUCUGGGCCUGUGAUAAUGGGCACCACACACCGCUGGACGCAGCCGCAUUGGCUGACAGAGAAGAGAUCAUAAAGUUUCUUGAUGAUUCUGCCAAUGAACAGGAAGUGAAGCACAAAAAGGUUGUGGAAAAGCGGAAAAUAAGGGCAUUGGAGGAUGCGGAGAAGAACAUCAAGCGUUACAACCGUCUUCAGGAGGAGUCAAAAAGGCGGUUAGAGAAGGAGAGAAAACUGGCUCUGGAUAAAGAAAUAGUGGAUAUCACGGAUAGCAAUGUGACGCCUGUCAAUAAACCAACUGGUAUGAAAAAACUGUUCAAUACAAUUAGAGGUAAGAAACAUGACACUGUUAAAUCAUCCGGCCCUCGGAUGUAUUCAGAACAUUUUGGUGGCAUGGGCACACAGCGAGGCAGGGGCGGAGUGCAGAAGGUGUUAAACAAGAAGGGCUCUGACCAGGAUUUCAGAGAUCAGUCAGGUGUGAAGUCAGUUCGCUCCAUGCCAGGGUUGCGUAGGGAUAACCAAAUCAUGUAUGUCAAAGGUCAGAAUAGGAUAAACACCCACAAUGGUGACCACAACGGGGAUAAUACGAGUCAUCUUUCCUACACACAUAGCGAAUCUGAUGUGGGAAAACUGAAUGGAGAUUCAGGAAUUGUUAGUGAUGAAUAUGAUGAUGGCGAAGCAGGCCUGUUUAAUCGACCCAAAUUUGGUAAUUUGACCUUCCUUAACAGACCAAUGAAUUUGACGCACAUGAUGGAGCUGACAGCCGAUUCUGCGAAGGGCAAGGAUGAAGUGGAUGAAGGAACAGCAGACAACGGGCAUGGUGUGAAUGGAGAGUCAGACAGCAUUGGCUCUGUUGGCACACUGGCACAUCGCCUGGAGAAACUUCCAUGGAGCGAAGAAGAUUUAGGGACCCUGGAUGAUGACGAGGAAGAGGAGACAGAGUUCUCUGCCCUUGAGCUGUUCCUGGCAGCCCACAACCUUACGGAGUUUCUGCCAACCUUCACCAAGGAGAAGGUUGAUUUUGACGCCUUAUUGUUGCUCUCUGAAGAGGACCUGAUCCAGAUGGGACUUCCAUUGGGACCACGCCGAAAGAUAAAAGACGCUCUUCAGAGAAGGAAGGAUUUAGCGGAGGAACCUGGCGUGGUGUUUGACACGCAUCUAUGACAAGCCCUGUUUUACAUAUCUACUAUCAUUCCAUGGGGUUAAUAAGAGACAAUUUCUCCAGUAUUAAAUCAAAACUACUUUACCUAUAAACUUGAUCAAGUGAUGUGCCUCUAUGUGACUUUGUCACAAUCCCAGAUUCUAUUCAUUUUACAGCUAGAGCUUCAAUUUUUAUCCCCAGUAUUUUCUUUUCUAGUCGUUUAAAGAACAUUGAUCAUUUUGACUACAUGUCAAAAAAAGACGUUAAAUUGUGUCAAAUGCAGUACAUACAAACUACAGUAGUGAAUAAAACCCAUCUUCAGUAGCAGAAAAGGAGGUUACAUUUACUUAUUGCAGCUGAAACACUGAUGAUUUCCAAAUUUGAAGGAAUUAUGCUGAAUGAUAUGACCUGUUUGAGAGAAACAUGUUUUUGGAGAAAUCUACUGGCAUAGAUAUAUCUGAACAGGUAAGAACUGAUGUCUAACUUGUAGAAUGUAAUCUGUAUGUAAAAUUACCUGCACACAGCCAUUUUAUAGUACUUUCCGGGAACAGUCACUGAGCAGAACAACCCACCUGUCUAUUGCUACAGCGGUAAUCUUUACCUUGUUAUCAUAACUUCACUAUGUUUUACGAAUAGCUCUGUUGUAUAACAUGUCAGAAUUCCUAGUUUUUAAAUCUUUGAAUAUCGUCAUCCAUAUUUACAUCCUUUUCCACAGUCCUGAGCCUGUAGUCUCCCUUAAAUAAGUGUUCCUGUGUUUCGCCUGUGGACUUUGUCUUUCUGGUUUGUCUUGUACUUUGUUAUGUGAACAAUUAAGAAGAAGAUGGUUGGUUCUGUGCGUCAAGUGCAGUGAAAUGGAAACACACGGUAUUUGUUGGAGUUGAUUUGCUUCUUAGCAUUUAGUACAUAAUAGACAGAAUAGUCAGUGACUAUAUGAAUCUGGCAAAUAGCCCAGACAUUUGACAGUUAAAAAAUGUUUGCGUACCUAUAUCGGACAUGUGGUAGAACUACCUGGUCUGAGUGAUAUGGUAACCAGGGACAUGUCAUUCCAGGUUAUCAUGUUAUAAGGAAGUUUAAUUCAACAGUCAGAAUUAAAAUCUGAGGUGCGCCCGCAUACAUAAUCCGGUUCUUGUUAAGGAAAAGGGAAAUUGUAUUGUUUAGAAUACGAGGUCUUAUAAGUCACGAGUCACAUGGUUCAUAAUCGGUCUUCAAAGAAUUUGAUUACAUUGUGUGUUUUUGAAGAUAUUCAACAUACUGAACAAAGUGUGUAUUUGAUUGUACAUUAUUUUACAAGUUCAUGAAAGACGUGUUUUAAUGAUAUUCAUGUUUAAUCAAAACUUUUGCUAUGUAAACUAGAGUAGGCUUAAGAACUGAAAUUACAGUAUAUUAACAGAUUGUAUCAACUAUAUGUAUGAUAACAACUGGUGCUAACUUUUUGGAGUUUAUAUUCUAUAAACACUUCUUAGCACUAAUAUUGAAACAUUCCACUUAAUACCCCAUCAGUCCACUCGGAUUAAGGUUAGAAACCUGCAAAUUCAUAAUUUAUAUUAACUGAGAUAAAUUGAGAUAUGCAUUUCAAGAAUUCCUAAUAUUAAGUUAUGGCAACGUACAUUGUGUCCAUUUAGGGCCUACCAGAAAUCUGUUCACAAAUUUGUUUAUUUUAUCAUCCAGCAUUAUGGCCUAAGUUUUAUAAAAAUAGAAGUAAAUGUAAAUUGUGCCAUAAUUCCAUGUGACAUGUUGAAAAUGCUUACAAGAAAACAUUUAAAAACAUGGUAGAAUAUUUUUUAUAAGUAUGAAUUCAUUUCGGUGCAUUGUCCCAGCUCCCCCACACACACCGUCCCCACACUCCCCAGUGCCCAGUGUUGUGUGCUAGUGUGUCCUGUAAGACUAAGAUCAAAAGUAUAUGUACCUUGAUAUUGCAGAAGUGCAGUAAACUGGAUAUUAAAGUAACUCAAGAAUGUGUGAUGUUACAUCAAUGGCCCCUUUGAAGUUUAAAAGGGAUAAUACAUUCAUGUUAAAUUUGUUUGUUAAAGGGUACCCAGUGGAAAAUAUAAUCAGGUUUUGUGAAUAUUUUGUAAUUAUUUAAAGAAUUUAAAAAUGUAUUUGCUGUGUAUAUUUGUAUUCUUUACAGCUUAGGUAGGUAGGUAGGUAGGUAGGUAGGUUACCUAUAGCUGUUGUCUGUACUGUCUCGUGCAGGUACCUUUGUUUUGACCAACACUUCUGCGCUUACAUUCAAUGUUUUUAGGGCUGUAUAAAAUCAUUAGUAUAUCUAUUCUUAAUACCUGUGAAAUGUGGCCAAUGUUGCAGUGUGUGAUGUGUAAAUGAUGGGAACAUACUAAGCAGAAUUCAGGAUCAAUAUUGUUUUCUGUAAUACACAUUGAAUACAUAUGAUGCUACGUGCAAAAAAUUUUUCUUUCAGACAUUAAUUUUAAUGAUUUUGACCUUAUUCAGCAGGCUUUUAAGAAGUAAAACAGUUGAUGAUGAUGAUAAUAAAACUUUGUUGUCUUCCAUUGUGAGGUUGCAUGAAUAAGACAACUAGAAAGAUAUAUUUUAUACUUGCUUGUCUCAGCAGCCUACAAAGUGUAUACUAAUAGUGUUAUAACAAACUUAUGCCAAUCACAGUUAUAAGGAUCUCUGUUUUAAGAUAUUUACUGAGAAGCUUAAAAGUGGUGUGAAUUGAGUGUUUAUUUAUUAUUUAAAUAAGUAAUUAGACUAAAGACUAAGCAGGUUAACUGCAUAUACAACUUUAUAUGGAUACUGUAAUCCUUUACAAUUAUUGUACAGCUGAUAUUUAUCCAGCAAUCCAUUUUCUUUUUCUUGUCAUUCUACAUGUAUCAUGAAUAAAUAAUAAAAUGUGAUUAA